AGUACAACAUGUUUUCAAACUCUGUCGUCCGCGUGCUAUUCAAACUACUUUUUUUUAGCUUUGUUCAUGAAAGAUAUUUCUUUGGGGGAGUAUAAUCAAUUUGGAUUAUUACCCAUUCUGAAGAUGUUACAAACAUUCGAAUUUUACGAUGAAUGUACACGAUAAUCUUUUAAUUUUUAAAUCGUAGUAGCUGUAUAAAUAUUGUACGAUUAAGUCAUGUAUUUUCGAUAUAUAAAUUGCGGUUUUUUAUGCAAAAUCGUUUAAGUAACAAAAUAAAAAGAAAUUAUUAUUAUCGUUGUGAAUAAACUUCAACGCACAUAGCACAGCAUACACACAAAUUGCUACUUGGGACAGAAGAUGAGCGUGGCGAUUGCGUUCAAUGUCACUCACAAGCGAUUGGCAACACUUUUUGACACAUUUAGUUUAACAUACGAACGAAGAAGAAGAAGCAGCGACCGAAUUCGAUAGGGCAUUUCAGUAACACACACACACAAAAAAAAAGAAAAAAAUCCAUUGAAACUUUAUUAUGUUUGCAUUUUACGCAAAUACAAUCAUUUGAACUUGGUGAAUCGAAAUUGCAUACACACACUUUUUUUUAACUUGUAGAAAAAUUCCAGUUCGUAAGUUUUAAGCGUAUUCGUCCAAAAUACAAGAGAAAACAGGCGAAAAUUUAUUAAAAUAGUCAACGAUAAACAAAUAAACCGGAUUUUUUCUCCACAUCUCGUCGUUUCGCAAUUGUUUCGAAAUUUGUAUAGAAGACAAAAAAAAGUAAUUCAUUCCUUCGUGUGAAAUUGUAGAAUUUGUUUUUCGGUAUAGUUAACAAAUCAAAAUUAGUUUUUGGGACGGGCAAACGAUUCGCGCAAAAGAGUUAUAAAUAAUGAUGGAAUCACCUCCGACAACUGAGGCAGUUUAUCAAGGCGUUUACACACUGUACAACAACACAAACACCGUUGAACAAGAGAAGGCAUCCAAAUGGUUAGAACAGCUACAAAAUUCGGUUUAUUCGUGGCAAAUUGCGGACGAAUUGCUUCAGCAAAAACGCGAUCUACAUUCGUGCUAUUUUGCCGCGCAAACGAUGCGAAAUAAAAUCCAAAAUUCCUUCCACGAAUUACCCGAUGAGGCUCAUGUGUCGCUACGCGAUUCAUUGAUUGCACACCUUGGCCAAAUCACCAUCGAAACAAAUCCAAUCAUUGUAACGCAAUUAUGCCUAGCCCUUGCCGAUCUGACACUGUUGAUGUCACGUUGGACGGAUCCGGUGCUGGAUUUAAUCGAACGUUUGUCAAGGAAUGAAAACAGUUUGUGGCCAUUAAUCAAUACCAUUUCACUGAUACCGGAGGAGAUAAGCUCACGGAAUUUACGACUCGGCUCAAAUCGACGUGAUGAAAUCCAAAAGCAAUUGGAAGCCAAUUCCAAAGUUGUACGCGAACUGCUCGUGGGCAGUUUGACGAAUUAUGCGCACGGGAAUCCCACGAAAGUACUCACCGUUGUCAAAUGUUUUACGUCGUGGAUUUGUUCGCAUGCAAUUGACGUGUGCGAUACGGCCAACAAUGUCAUUGUGGCGGAAAGUUUUAAUUUGCUUAACAAUCCAGAUACCGAAUUGAAAUUGCAUGAUGCAGCCACGGAUUUGCUGUGUUCAUUUUUACAAUGUUUAGAGGUCAAUAAUCAACCGUUGAUCGAGAGUCAUAUAACACAGAACAUUGUUCAAUUAGAAAAUUCGUACCACAUGGCAGUGGCACAAGAGGAAAUCGACAAGGCAAUGAAUUUUUGUCGCAUCUUUACCACAUUGGCCGAAUCAUUUUUGGAUAAAAUGAUUAACACCGAGCUCGAUCAACAGCCACACUAUUCGAUUAAAUCAUUGGAUUUAGUGUUGAAUUGUAUCGGCCAUUAUGACUAUGAGGUGGCUGAGCUCACGUUCUCGUUUUGGUAUCGUCUCAGCGAAGAAUUGUACCAGAAAAACAACGACGAACUUUCAAAACACUUUCGAGCGUACAUCGAACGAUUGCUGUUCAGUUUGUGGAAGCUAUCGCAAAUGGAACCCGACCACGAAGGAUUGCUGGAAGAUAACGAUAGUUUUACGGAUUUUCGACGGAAAGUAUCCGAAGUGAUUAAAGAUGUUGUUUUUAUUGUUGGAUCGAGCUACUGUUUCAAACAAAUGUUUUUAUUACUGCAAGAGCCAAAUACCACAUGGGAGAGCAGUGAGGCGGCACUGUUUGUUAUGGAGAAUGUGGCGAAAAAUAUUUUACCAGAUGAGAAUGAUGUUGUGCCAAAAGUUGCUCAAGCCAUUUUAAAGCUACCCGAAAACACUCACAUUGCAUUCCGUUUCACGUCAAUCAUGUUGCUGGGUGAGUUGUGUGAGUGGAUUGACAAUCAUCCUGAGUCGCUGGAGGCUGUGCUCAACUUCCUACUCUAUUCGUUAAACCAAAAGAAUGGUUUGGCCGCGGCAGCCGCAUCGGCACUCACGCAAAUCUGUACGGCAUGCAAAUCCCGGAUGACCUUUCAUUUGAACGGUCUGCUACAGAUCGCCCAAAGUCUGGAUACGUUUGAAAUAUCAAAUGAAUCAUCGAUCAAUUUGAUAAAGGGUAUUUCAACCAUCAUUGGACGAUUACCAUUAGAUCAAAUGACGCAGCCAUUACAGCAACUCUGUUCGUAUCAACUCGGUACGUUACGUCAGAUAUUAAUGGAUCCAAUUCAAUCAUCCAGCGAGCGAACGGGUGGUGGUAAGCAGGAGCAAAGCCAUCGAACCGAUCCAAGUUUCUGGUUGGAUCGCAUUGCGGCCAUAGUUCGUUACACCAACCCAGAUGUAAGAGAAAAUGAGGUGCAUCCAUGUAUGGCUGUUUUAGUUGAAAUUUGGCCAAUUGUCUCUGAAAUACUCAAUAAAUACCAAAACGAGGGUCGAAUCAUGGAACGGGUAUGCCGAUGUCUACGAUAUGCAAUUCGAAGCAUUGGCAAACAGGCAGCACCGCUGCUAAACGAGCUAGUGAAACAAAUGGUUGAACUGUAUACCGCACAUCAUCACAGUUGCUUCCUGUAUUUGGGCAGUGUUCUAGUCGAUGAGUUUGCCAACGUAAACGAUGAUUGUACACGAGGUUUGCUACAAAUGAUGGAAGCCUUCAUUCAGCCAACAUUCUCUCGGCUUCAAAUGGAAAAUGGCCUGAAGAACAAUCCAGACACGGUCGAUGAUUUCUUUCGAUUAUGUGCACGUCUCCUGCAACGAUGCCCAAUUCCGUUCCUGCAAAGUCCAAUCGUAACACCAAUCAUACAGUGUGCUCUACUCUCCUGCACACUUGACCACAAAGAUGCCAAUUUAUCCGUGAUGAGAUUCUUCUAUAGUUUACUGAACUGCGGCCGACCACAACACAAUCAUCAUCAUCACCAUCACCACAGUAAUAGCAACAACAAUAACACGAAUAACGACAACAAUUCGGUGGUAAAUGCGCAAAAUGCACAAAAACAGCAGCUAGUACGGCAAAUCGUCCAAGAACAUGGCCAAGCCCUAACUGCCAAUCUCAUUCAAGCAUCCAUUUACUACUUACACUCAUACAUGCUCUCUGAUGUUGCCGAUGUACUGCUCGAAAUGAAGGACAUCAAUGCACAACAAUUGAGUGAAAAUUUGCGAGCAGCUGUCGAAUCUUUACCAAAGACACAUGCUACGGCUGAACAACUCGAUGAGUUCCACAACAGUGUUAUACGGUCCGAGACACCAAAAGCCAUAUCACAUGCGCUUAAAGACUUUACCCGACUUUAUAGAUAAAUUAAAUGAAUUAGUUGAAUUUGUUCGAAUGAUUGAGAAACGGGCGACUUGAAGCGGCGAAUGGGAUAAAUGUAGCCAAAUUUCAAAGAGAAUUAUAUACAAAAAGAAAACCACACGCUUGCUCAUUAAGGUGCAUUUACUUUACACAGCAAUCUAUCAAUCUUCUUCAUCUUGUUUUUUCCCCCUUUCUACUCCAGCAAACCAACAUAUAGCAAUUAAGAUAAAAGGUUAACAUGAAAUUGUCACGUUCGCAAUCCAAUGACAAAAAGUAACAUUAUAAACAGAAAAAGAGAACAGUAUGCAUAAGAAACAAAACUAAAAACAAACAAGAAACUAAACGAUGAUUGUGAAUGCAAACGUGCACGAACUGAAACACUUUUAAGAAGAAACAAAAAAUCAUAUAUGAUGGAUAUGCAUUUUUUCGUACAUAAAACUAUGUAUUAGAUAUGAAUUAAGAUGAACGCGUGAUUGGCGACGAAAAGAAAAUAGUCUCAGAUUUCAAAGAAGAAGAAGAAGAAGAAAAAAAACCAACUAUGUAACAACUACAAGAAAAACCAAUUUUUAAGAUUGAUGUUACAUUGUAGAAUUCUAGUAUUUAAUCGCGAACAAGAGAAGAUUUUUUGGUCGAGUCAAUUCGGAAAUGUAUCACACACUGACAUUUGACGCGCAUCUGUUUAGGUAGAAUUUGUAAAAAAAAAUAAUACAGAAAACCAAGUAAUAAGACAAUUUUUGUAAUUUUUUGACACCUAAACACUUAAACGAACAGUCAUUAAGUUCGUUUCAAAUAAAAUUAAGACGCGAAAUUGUUAAUUUAGAUCUUUUCAAAUAAAUUAAUGAAAACAACAACAGCAAAAAAAUAACAACAACAUUUAACUUAAGAGUGACACACACGAUAUUCGCGAUAGAAUCUAAGAGAUACCAACCGAAAUUCAAAUGAGUGUAAUGCUAUAUUUAAUAUUGAGAUGAAGAAAUAAAAUCGAAAGAAGAAAUUACAAUUAAUACCAAGAUUUAACAUGUAAAAUUUGUAUUAUAGAAGGAAUGAAAUAAAUGAAUUUACUAAAUUAA